GGAGAUGGCGCCGCUGCUGGGCGCGGAGAUCUUCAGCCGCGGCUUCCGCUUCAACCCGACGCCGCUCGAGGCCGCCACCUACUACCUGUCGCGCCUCGUAGCCGGUGCGCCACUGCACGAGGCCGUCCGCCCCGUCAUCCACUGUUACAUCCACCGCGCCGACGUCUACGCCUGCGAGCCCGCCGACCUCGCCCGCCGGUUCCGCCCCAUGCCCAGGACCGGGCACCGCUUCUUCUUCACCUCCUGCAGGAAGGGCGUGCUCCGCGCCGGGCCCGGCUUCUGGACCCUGCAGCGCAUGACGGUCAUCAUGGACGGCAACGGCAAGGGAGCCAAGGUCAGCGAGAUCAAGAAGCUCCGCUACGAGAAGCGUGGCGCGUACACGGACUGGCUCAUGAACGAGUACUCGACGACGUGCAGCUCCGAGGACGCCGUCGUCGGCGACAGGCAGUACGUGUUCUGCAACAUCUACGUCUCCCCGAAAGCCGCCCCAGACUCGGCGGCGCGCCAAGAAUCCGCUGCCUUCUUGGCGCCGCCUUCGACUGCGCCUGCGCCUGCCCCCGUCGUGAUCGCGCAGGCGCCGCCGCCCAAGAGGCCAGCGCCGCAGGCCGCCGAGGCGCCGUGCUCCAAGAGGACGCGGGGUGCCGUCUUCGCAGCAUCUCAACUGCCGUCCGAGGAGUCCCCUGCGGCGGAUCAAGAUGACGAGUUGGUAGAGUCCACUGAAAGGAUCGUGCCGACAGCCGAAGCAGAGGAAGCGGCUGCAAACUGA